AUGGCUGAAAGCAGUAAAAGAAGAAGAAUUUCUACGACCAAAGGGAAACCAAAGUACUCAUCAUCUUCAUGGUUAGACCUCCCUACCGAAUUCUUGGAACUUAUCCUCAAAAAGCUUUCCUUCGUUGACGUUAUUCCCUUCAAAGCUGUUUGUUCUUCUUGGAGAUCCGCAGCUGCACAAUUACAAUCACAAUAUCAUUCCAUUCAAAUUACUCCAUGGCUCAUGCUUCCCAAUGACCAAGAAGAUGACUAUACAUCUCGCUGCUUCCUUAAUCUCGCAGAAAACAAGGUUUACAAGUUCGAGAAUGCAUUUGAGUUUGAGAGACUUGGUAAUGACCCUUGGUGUGUGGGCUCUUCCCACGGUUGGUUGAAGAAACUCAUCACCAAAGCUGUCUUGUUGGCAGACCCAUCACGUUGCAAAAACUUUGUGGUGGUAGUGAUCUAUGGUUUUCUGUCAAGGCUUGCAUUUGUUAAGCAUGGAGACACAACAUGGACCAACCUCAGCGAUGCAGCUGAUCAAGUCUACCGUGACAUUAUAUGCUACAAUAAUCAGCUUUACGCAUUGGAUGACAAUCUUUCAGUGAAAGUAUGGGGUUUUCAAGGUCCCUCUCCCAAUGAAAUCAUGACCAUUCCACCUUUGACACUACUAAAAGAUGUUGAUAGUACUCGAAAGUCUUCUAGAGACAUUUGUGUUUCAACGCAGAUCUAUCUGGUGAAGACCUCAAGUGAGCUCUUGUUCAUCGAACGGUUCAUUCGAAAAUCUUUUAAGGAACUUAGUACCGAAGACGGCACACAGACUGUGGUUUGUUCAUUUAGUACAAAGAUGUUUUGUGUCUUCGAGUUAAAUUUGAGAGAGCAAAGAUGGGAAAAGGUGAAAUCUUUGAACGAUCAGGUUCUGUUCUUGGGUGGAAAUCAGUCCAUAUCAUUCUCCGGUCUUGAUGUUUUCAAUCGGUGCAAACCAAAUUCCAUUUAUUUCACGGAUGAUAAAUGGAAUGAUGAGUAUGAUACGGAGUUCUCGUAUGGUGGCCACGAUGUUGGAUUGUUCAAUUUAGAUGAUCAAAUUAUUACGCAUUUUUAUGAUUCUGAUUUGGAGAAGAUCGAUCCACCACCCUUUUGGAUUACUCCAAAUCCAUGGUGA